CCAUCAUGGAAGUAACAACACUAGUAACAGGAGAGACCAAUCUCUUCUUCCCUCUCAUCCUACUCUCCUUCCUUACCUUUGUCAUCUUCAAGAGCAUUAAUGCACCCAAAAAACCACUUCCACCAUGUCCCUAUGCAUGGCCUAUCUUAGGCAACAUCCUCCAAAUGGGUAAGAGUCCCAAUGUGAACCUUGCCAAGCUAGCCAAAGUCCAUGGUCCACUCAUGUCACUACGGUUCGGUGCACAGCUGGUGGUGGUCGGGUCGUCCCCUGAAGCCGCUGCAGAAAUUCUGAAGAUCAAUGACCGUGCACUUUCAGGACGGAUGGUGUCUGAUCCAAUUAAGGUAAAGGGUUCAAAACUUCACAACUUAUGUCCUAGAUUUUGCGACGAGUGCGACGAUGGUUGGAGAAUCCUACGGACCAUUUGCCGGACAGAGCUCUUUUCGACCAAAGCCAUGCAAUCCCAAGUGGAAAUUAGGGAGAAGAACGUGAUGGACUUGGUGAAAUAUUUGGGUGCAAAGUCAGGCCAAGUGGUGAAGAUAAAAGAUAUAGGAUUUGCUUGUGCUUUAAAUAUCUUGGGUAAUGCUUUUUUUUCAAUGGAUUUAACAGACUUUGAGGGCAAGGGUUUGGGUGAGCGCAUGUCCCAAUACAUGAGGAGAUCUGCGGAGUUGGGUGGUGUUCCACAAUUAUCAGACUUGUAUCCUAUUUUGAGUGGAUGGGAUUUGCAAAGAUUUUAUAAGAAGUUGAUGGGUAGUAUUGAGAAAAUAUUUGCUUUUUGGAUUGACAUUGCAGAAGAAAGGAGGAAAAAUAAAAAUGAUGUUUCAAGUACACCAGCUUGCAUCGAUGCUUUGAUUGGAAUGGGGCUAACCAAUCAGCAGAUCAAUCCAUUGCUUUGGGAGCUAUUUACUGGUGGUACAGAGUCUACAAGUGCAACGACUGAAUGGGCGCUUACAGAACUUCUUAGAAAUCAAGAGGCCAUGGAGAAACUUCGCAAUGAACUCACAGAAGUGAUCGGCAAAGACACAAUCAGAGAAUCCAAUUUGUCAGAGUUACCUUACCUUGAAGCCUGUGUUAAGGAGACACCAAGGUUGCACCCUCCCGGACCACUGAUCCUACGUCGCGCCAUACAAACAUGUGAGGUGAUGGGCUACACCAUUCCUAAGGGCUGUCAAGUGAAGGUGAAUAUGUGGGCAAUUGCACGAGACCCCACCAUUUGGGACGAUCCAUGGAGCUUCAAACCGGAGCGAUUCCUCAUGUCAGGGUUGGACUACAAGGGAAUGAAUUUCGAAUACAUACCAUUUGGUUCAGGAAGAAGAAUGUGUCCUGGAAUACCUCUGGCUUCAAGGGUAGUUCCUCUAGUGCUAGCUUCUUUAGUCCACCACUUUGAUUGGUUUCUUCCAGGCAACAUGAAUCCUUCGGAGAUUAACAUGAAUGAGAUGUUUGAUGUUUUCGUGAAAAAGAAAGAACCACUGUGCCUUAUUCCUAUGAUACGAAAAUAGUUGAAGGCUCGUCAAGUUAUCAAGAAUUCUGAUUAUGUAUUUUUUAAGAAUGUGCCCACCAAUAGUUGGUCGCUGUUAUUUCAUCCUGUCCGAGUAUCUAUGUCCCAGUAUUGUGUGCCAAGUGCUAAAAUUUAUGGCAUGCUUCUCUCAUGGUGUAAGUUAUUACAAUAAUAAACUUAUCUUGGCACAUUAGAGCGUA